AUGCGCCUGCCUUCCCAAGGACUGAUCCAGGUGCACAUUCUUGGCACACCAGGCCUGGUGCCUGAAUACUACGAGAGGACAUCUCCAUCUUCUUUCUGGCUAGUGACUAGUCUCCAGAUUCUGCAGUCUACCAUGGGAUGGCACCACCUGGAGCAUACAGCCGCCAACCUGUGUGAUGCAUACUCAGGCCUCUUAAGUCACCAGUCCAUGAUCUUGUCCAUGAACUCCAGCUUUAUGGAUCCCUUAUUGCAAUUUGAAACUCAAUUGAAGAUGAUGGAGGCAUGCUUUAAAAUAUUAGUUACCUUGCCAAGUCUCGAAAGUGUAAAAGAAAUUGGGACUAAUGAAGAGGAGACUGAGGACCUGAUGAAUUUAUACCAGAAUACUUUAAACGUAUAUGAAGACACUCUUCUGAUCUUAGUGGCUAAAGACCUCUACAAACUACAGAUCUUAACGGAAAUGACCGUGUGGAUGAGGCAAGACAGUUCAUACCUGCAAGACAGAAUAGUAAUGAUCAUUAGCAAAGUGUUGAGUUUUGCAUCCAAGAAAGUCAAGGGAUAUAGAAGCGUUGAUGCGCCCUGUUUGGGUGUCCUGGCGGCAGAACUGUCGCUUCUGUGUUUCCAUGAUGAUCCUGCAAUCGCACAACAAGCUUCAUUGGGACUGUACCAUGUCUUUCACAUUGCCAAGUGUCAGAUUGAUAUUGAAAAGUUUAAACACCCCUUGCAUGGAAGUUACUGCAUCACGCCUGAUCCCUCUGAUGUAGAAAUCCAGCCCAAGUUUUUACAGGACAAAGAUAAAAUUGCUGAGAAUGUAGGACAAACCUUCAUUCCCACCUUGCUGACUGACUUUGUGUGGACUCUCCUGAUGAAACUUUUUAACGAGGAAUACAAAAUUGCAGCUGAGGCAGCAUCCUUAUUGCAAUUGACUCUGGAAUACCACUCCCAGAGGAUCACCGUGGUUUAUAAGAUUGUGGAUACUAUUUAUAAGCAAUUAUGUAAAGACGCUUUUCACCAUAUGAAGCAGUCUAUGUUGCGGGUCAUCACCUUAUUGACCCGCACUUCACCCAAGAAGGUCAUCUUUCAACUUAUGGACUACCCAGUCCCAGCAGACAUCAUUCUCAUAAUGAUGUGGCAGGCGGCAGGUUCCGAAGCAAAAGUGGCCCCUCACGUGCUGAAGACAAUCUUGUUGAUACUGAAAGGAAAGCCUGGGGAAAUACAAGAGGUCUUGAUGGAAAAAAGACGCUCCUCUCUUGAUGCUACCAACAUGAUGCCUGUGGCGGCAUCACAGGCCCUGUGCACAUUGCUACCUGUUGCCUCCUACAAGAAAGCAGUGGCCCAGUUGUUCCCCCAACUCCUGAUGGCUCUCAUGUUCCAACUCUUCUACAGCAGUGAUUCGAGACUGAUGGACCUGGACAGGCCUCUGUAUGCCCGGGAUGCCCUGAGAGUUCUGUUGAAUUGCUCUGGACUGCAAAAGGUGGAUAUUGCUCUAAAGAAAAAGAAUUGUUGGAGCCACUUUACCCAAGCAAUGUAUUACCAUCAUGGGGUCUAUCUCAUUGCCAAGCAGAGGCUUCUGAAUAACUUUUUCAAGGAUCCGUUCCCAGAAGAGUUUUUGGUCCUCUUCAGAAACUGGAUCAAUGAUUUAAACCCUGCAGUUAGCAAACUGAGCCUUCAGAAAAUUGCCAACAUGGCACCAGUUGUCAAUGAGAUAGAAAAUGUCAACAGCUUGUUACUAUCCAUCCUGGAUGCCUUCCUUUCCAUAGACAAGACGGUUGCAAUUCGGGCUAUGUUCACACUCCGAAGACUUUUAACCAGACUGGACAAGUCGGACUACUCAUCUUUAUGCGUCAGAAUUGCUUCCAGUUACCUCCCUCUGAUAGAUCAUACUAACGGAGGCGUUCGGAGCAUAGCCAUUCGACACUUUGGUAGAUUACUCAAAGAUAUGAGUGAGUACACGUGGAUGUUGAACGAUGUGAUCCUAGGAGCCUUGGUGCCCCUGAUCCUGUUUUUGGAGGAUAACGAGACAAGAGUAGCUAAUGCAUGUAAAUAUACAUUAGAAAUCUGCACCACACAAUUAAAGUGGUCUACACCGUCUUUGCUCAAAGAUAAAAACUACAAUUUUGAGCUGGUGGUGAUCAAUGUCUGUAACAAUCUUCUUGUUACUCACAAGAGCUAUAUUACAGAUUUGAUUUCUGAUAGUUUAGGAUUCCUGGGCAGCUCCCGAGGAUAUCUGAGGAGAGGAUCCGUUAUUUUAACAGGAUACUUAGCGAAAUUGGGUGGCCAUUUCCUCAUCAAAAAUGAAAUUGAAGCCAUGAUUGAGGCUAUUGAACGAGUGCUUCGGGAUGAAGACCCUGUGAUCAGGGACUUGGCAGAAAUAACCCACGACCUUUUAAAGGAAAUAGCCCAUUCGAUGAUCUCCCCAAGUCUUGCAGGAAACUUCAGAAGACUCUUUAAGUUCUGCUAUGUCAAAAAAUUGAAGCCUCUUUAUAAUUAUAACUUGCCCUCCGAAACCCAGACAGACAGUUCUACAGAGAAAAAGAUAAUCAGGAAUGAUAAGGAAGAGGAUGAUGAUGACAUUUUAGCAAAGAAUGAGAAAUGCAAUGAGGCCUUUGAGCAGACCAGAGAAAAGGAAUGA